AUGAGAAAAUCAGAGGCAAGCUUCAAUGAAAUGCAAGAAAAUGAGAAACCUUCAUCCCUCGUCUCUCUCCAAAUCUCGAAUCGAAAAUUUUCAGACUUAAAAGGCAUAGAGAAAUAUAAGAAUUUGGUAAGCUUUAUUUAGGCUGAACUCGAUCUUUCAGGAAACAGCUUAAUUUUUGCAGUUCCUCAGCUCUUUUCAUUGAAAUUCCUUAAGAAGCUCAUUCUUGCCAGCAACCAAAUAGAAAGUCUUUGGCCACUUCCAACAACUCUUGAGCAUCUCGAUAUUUCAGAUAACUUUCUAAUAUCCUUAAACACUGUGCUCCCUGAACUCACUAGGCUUCAAUCCUUAGAUAUUUCAAAUAAUUACAUUGAAACUCUUUCUCCUUUAAGCACACUUACUCACUUAAAGUCUCUUUCUGCAAGCUCCAAUAAAAUCAAAGAUUUAAGCGGAAUCGAAAAUCUCAAUAUGCUGCUUGAAGUCGAAGUUGACAAUAAUAUGAUUUCGCUUUAUACAGAUCUUGAAGUCUUAAAAUUAAAUUCAAGCAUUUCUGUUAUAAACUUGAAAAAUAACCCAAUUUUGCAGUAAGUUUUAUUUAGUGAAAGCCGAGAUGAAAAAUUCAGAAUUGAAUUUCCUUCAUGUUUUACUGAGCUGAAAGAAGGAAUCUUCUAUAGACACCCUGAAAACCUAAAAGAAUUGAAGACAAGCAAAUAUAGGAGUUUAAUCAGAAAACAUAAAAAAUCAGACCAGUUUUUCAGUCCUGACUGAGGAAGCUCAAGAAGAUCAAGCAAACAUGGAAGUUCCUGUGCAAGUUUUCGAGAAGUUUACGACCAAAUUAUAUGUGAAGACCCAAGUGAAGAAAAAAUCCUCAAUGAAAGCAUGAUUUCUAUAGAAAGCGCUGAAAAUGAUAAAAGUCCUGAAAUAAUUAUUAGUAUUUUAGAUCUUGAUAAAGAAGAAGUAGAGUUUGUUGGAAAGAAAAAUAAUGUGAUGAUAUCAAAGCUCCCACUAGAUAAAAUCAGUGAUAAGCCCAGUUACGAAAAGUGAAGCACAAAGCCAGACAGUAGCUUACUCUCCUUCCUUCAUGAGCGAACAAAAAAUUUUGUUAGCUUAAGGGAGGGGUUAAUCUUUAAUUCUAAAAAAUUUAUAAAUUUUAUAAUAAUUUUUUUUCAAAAUCUAAAAGAAUCCCAAUUCGUAAAAUUGGAAAGUGGAAAUUAUUUUAAUUUGUAAAAUUUAUACUUUAAAUGCAAAUUGUUUAAAAGUAAAUAGAUUUUACUAUAUUAAUUAUCACUUAUAUAUCAAAAUAUUUUUAUAUCAAAAUAUUUUUAUAUAAAAAUAUUUUUGCUCACUCACGGAGUGUUAGUUUUAACCAAAAAUAGUGAUUUUUUAAAUGAUUUUGCUCGCUUACAGAGAGAGGGAGUUAGAAGCCUUAUUUGAAGAAUUAAUUUCUUAUUAUGGGCUUGAGGAGCCUGAUAUCCACGAAUUCAGUUUUUCCAAUGAAAAAUACGAACAUGUUGUAUCAAUACUCAAAGAAAGGGAGGAUGAAAGAAAAUCACUAUUAAGUCAGACAGAGAUGCUAAAAUCUAAAAUAAAUGAAUUAGAACGAAGCCAAGAAGAAUUUUUCCAAGAAAAGCUUGAAAAAGCAAAAGAAAUAAAAUCACUGAAAAAGCAGCUGAAAGAACUGAGAAAAACUUCAGAAAAAAACAUUCAGGAUUUAUAUGAAGAAACCGCGAAGCUUAAAUUAGAAAAAGAUACAAUUUCCACUCAAAUGUUUGAGAGCCAAAAUUUAUUGAUGAAGAAAAUAAGGGAAAUUGAAGUAGAGCAUGAAUUUUCUAAGCGAGCUACUAAUUUUAAUUCUUCAAUGGAAGAAUGCCAGAUUGAUGGGUCGAGAGCUUUACUGUCUCACAGAUUUGAUAGCUCUUUUAUGGUGACUAACUCCCCCCUCCGUGGGUGAACAAAAUCAUUGGAAAAAUCCCUAUUUUUUGCCCCAAAACCCACCUCCGUGAGUGAACAAAAAUUUUUUAUGAAAAAUAAAAAUUAUAUAUAAGUGAUAAUUAUUAUAAUGAAAUCUCGAGCUAAUUCUGUUUUAAUUUUAAGCAAAUUGCGUUUUAAAACAUAAAUUCUAUAAAUUAAAUUAAUGUUUGCUUCCAAAUUUUUGCGAAUUAAUUUUUUUUUUUUUUAAAUUUCGAAAAAAAAUUUUUCCUAUAAAAUUUAUAUAUAAAUUAUUUAAAAAAAAAAAUCAACCCCCCUCUGUGAGUGAACAAAAUUGCUUUGUUCGCUCACGGAGGGUGGGGAGUAAGGAGAUGAGCUUUUGCCAAUAUCAAAAUUCUGAUAGAACAGAAGCUCUUGUAAAUAAAGAAGUAGGUGAUUACAUACAAAAACUUCUGAAGAAAAUCUCAACUCAAAUUGAAAAAUUGAAAAAAGUGAGAGCUCAGCGAGAUAAAUUGAAACAAUUUUAUGAUAAGCAUAAAAAUGUAAUAUAA